AUGAAGUUCACAAAACCUGCCUGGGUUAUGCACAAGGAUAGUUCUAAAACCGACCACGACACGAAGCGUCUUUCCAUAUUUUCCGUUCAUGUUCAUCCUGAUGGUUCGCGCAUAGCCACAGGAGGAUUAGAUGCCAAAAUUCGUAUUUGGAGCACGAAACCCAUUCUCAACCAUGCAUCCGAAACGAGCAAUCGACCACCAAAGUCUUUGUGCACGCUGAGUAUGCAUACAGGUCCCGUUUUGACGAUUAGGUGGGCACAUUCUGGGAGGUGGCUUGCAAGUGGUAGCGACGACGAGAUUGUGAUGAUAUGGGACCUUGAUCCGUCGGGUAGGGGCAAGGUCUUUGGUUCCAACGAAGUCAAUGUAGAAGGAUGGAAGCCAAUGAAACGACUUCCAGGCCACGAAAGCGACGUUACCGACCUAGCAUGGGCACCGGAGGAUCGUUACCUCGCCUCAGUUGGCCUUGAUUCCGUCGUUUUAGUCUGGUGUGGAUAUACCCUGGAACGUCUUAGAAAGCUGGAUCAACACCAAGGAUUUGUCAAAGGCGUUUGUUGGGAUCCUGUGGGCGAAUUUAUGGCCACUCAGUCCGACAAGUCUGCAGAAAUCAGAAAACCCUUCGAGGACUCUCCUGGCAAUCGUUUUCUUACAGAGUUUUGCAGCUGGUCGCCUGAUGGUGCUCACAUCACUGCUUCGAAUGCAACGAACAACAAAGGCUUCGUUUUCAUUGCAGCAGUCAUAACUCGUGGCACAUGGACUUCUGAGAUCAGUCUGGUUGGCCAUGAGAAUACAGUGAAGGUUGCGGCCUACCAUCCUCAUAUUUUUCUCCGAAAUCCCACGUCACCUAUAGCUACAUCCAACAUAUGCUCUAUCAUGGAUCUCAGCUGGUCCUGGGAUGGUCUGACUCUCUAUGCUGCAUCCUCGGACGGAACGAUAGCCCCACCAACUCCAGAAGGAUUCUCGCACGGCACCCACAGUACAAAUGCUGCUUCAGCAUCGAGGAUCACGCCACCGCCUUCCCCAAACCGUGCCCAGUCGCAAUCGCAAUCUGGUUUUGGUGCAUCGAAUGGGAUUAAUGUUGCAAAGAAGAGCAAUAAGAAGAGGGUACAACCCGUACUUAUGCAUCACACUCUAUGUCACCCUGUGCCAAGCCCACGAACUUACAACGCUGAUAUUGAGAUGGGAGGACCAAUGGAUAUGAAUGUUCCCAUUGAUGCACUCAACACGAGUAUGUCAAGUGCAAACAAGGGCAAACGGAAAGUGUCGGUCCUCGAUACACCCGAGGAUCGGCCGUCUAAGCCCCGUACCCUUGGUGGCGAUCGACCAAGGGAAACAGUCGCAGUGCGAGAAAUCACAUUGACUAGUUUAGUCUCGACCCGCCCGUAUCUAUUUGAGGGUGCAAAUCUGCUACCUGUCCCUCCGCUGUUGACAUUCUUGAGUGCCAAUGUGGAGGGAAGCGACUUUGUCUUUGAGGCCCGAAAUUUAGAAGGAGAUGGGGCCACGGAAGUCACGUUUGCUGAUGGAAAGCAAACAUUAUGGCUGGACUAUUUACCAUCUCCUGUGCUUGCGUUGACCGCGUCCACAAUAUUUUGUGCGGCUGCUUCGCAAGACGGUUCUGUCAACGUGUAUUCACACACAGGUCGCAGGUUUGUGGUAAAACAGAAGUCUCAUCACUGUCUUAAUGAUGUCUGGCAGAUUGAUGGCGACUUUAAGCUUUGGGUCACCUUGCGCGAUGAUGCACGGCUGCAAGUUGGCAUUAAUGAUACUCACAGCUUCUGGUCAGCUAACCUCGAUUGCUUACUCUGUUUUAGAAAUGUGAAGAAUGUUGCAUCCUUCUUUCCACCUACAUCCGUUGCACCCCUCCUCUCCUCUUCGCCGAAUUGCACGAUAUUGUCUGCCACUGUUCGACAUAAUGGCGCACCAAUGAUUCAUUGCUCUUCCGGUAUCGCGUAUACUUACGAUGCCCAACUUUUCUCCUGGACAAAACUAAGUGAGCGUUGGUGGGCAGAGGGCUCUGAUGUAUGGCAAGGUCGUCAACGAGCGAACAAAGACAAAGACGUUGUAGCCUCCAUUGAGGGUGCAAUCGGCAGCACGAAUAUCUCGGCGCCUCACAAAGAGCGCCCCACAUGGUGGAAUACGGCGCUCACACUCGGUCAUCUGGAGAGCAAGUUGCACGCGGCCAAAGCCCUCGAUAGUGCACUUGAAUAUAAGCAAGCACUUCUGAUUUAUGCAAGAAAACUAGCGGAUGAGGGCUUCAGAGCGAAGGCAGAGGAGCUCAUCAAGGAGCUUUUCGGCCCCAUAUUUUGGCGACCUGGUGGAAGGGACGACUCUUGGACCCCUGUUGUGGCAGGCAUGGCUAAGCGCGAUCUUUUGCGCGAAGUAUUGUCGGUUUUUGCUCGGAGCAAGACCCUUACCAAAUUAGCAUUGGACUGGCAAGACACUCUCAAGAAGGCGUCGAGCGAUGAUCAGCUAUGA